UGCUUCACUUCCUUUUUUUGGUAACCGCGGACUUGAAUUGCAGUGCAUACGUGGCAUUACUAAAUUCCACUACUAACUCAAUGUACCGAUCCGCGGCGAGGCGGUUGUUGCCGGCGGCGAUCUGCCGCCGCACUCUCCGAUUAGCCUCUCCUUCUCCUUUCUCAGCCCCAAUCGCACACCGAGCGGCGUUUUCAGCUGGCGCGGCCGAUAACGCUCAUAAUCACACGCCUGAUAACACCGCUGCUUUCAAUUCGUCGCCGUCAACAGAUCAACGGCGGAACCCUAGAGCCACGGCCAGCCCCAAAUCUCACUGGCAGGAAGAGCAAGCUCGCGUUCUUCAGGCCUCGCUCGGCCACGUUGUUAGAUUAGGAUGGACAGAAUCUGCAAUGGUUGCUGGAGCGAAGGAGGUUGGUGUCUCUCCUUCUAUUGUAGGAUCUUUUCCUAGAAAGGAAGCUGCUCUUGUUGAGUAUUUCAUGGAUGAUUGUCUGCAAAAGUUAAUUGAUAUUAUUGACACAAAAGAGGAUUUGAAGAACUUGAUUCCGAGCCACCGUGUAGCCAAGCUAGUCAGAAUUCGCUUAGAGAUGCAGGCACCUUACAUCUCAAAGUGGCAUCAAGCACUUGGCAUACAGGCGCAACCUUUGAAUAUCUCUACAAGCUUCAAGCAAAGGGCAAUGCUUGUUGAUGAAAUUUGGCAUGCUGCUGGUGAUGAGGCCACUGAUACUGAUUGGUAUGUGAAGCGCACAGUCCUUGGUGGAAUAUAUUCGACAACCGAACUAUACAUGCUGACAGAUAAUUCCCCAGAUUUUCAGGACACAUGGGCUUUCUUGGAUGACCGAGUUAGAGAUGCAUUUGACCUGAGAAAGUCACUUGAAGAGGUAAAAUAUUUGGCCGAAGCAGUGGGGGCUGGGAUGGGAGGUCCUGUGCAAGGUUUUCUGAAUAAAAUUCUUAAGCGUUGAGCGUUUUACAAGGGUGGUAGAAAUAAUUUUACUGCUUCCGUUCUACCUCUUUUUCCUUCGUCUUCCAUUUUACAAUGUCAGAUAGUCAACUACAGCCUCUCCCUUCGAACUUUCUCUUCGAUUGAAGGAGACUAUGUAUGUAUGUUCAACAAGAACGCUAGAAGGUUCGAUCUCUGAUAUCUCCAGAAUCCUCUAUCUGGAAGAGUUAUUUUGCUUUAUCAGAUUAGCUGUAUAUUCAUAAUAAUGCUGUUGUGGGUCUUGAUUUUGGUCACA